AUGGUCCUCGCCUCCCAGUUCACAGAGCAAAAGCCCAGCGGAGGCAGUAGCUUUGGAGGCAACUUCCGCAAGACGGCCUUUGCAGCCUAUGUCUUCCCCAAAGGGAGACAGCUGGAGCGAGAUGGAACACAGAGGAUAGAGCACGCAGAGCAAAGGCAGAUUGCUGGACUAGUGGACCCCACAGUGUGUCAAUCAGCGGCGCUGGUGUAUUCAGCGAGCAAGAGGUUUCAGAAGGAGAGGCUGCUUACGAAUUACUCGCAGCAUGCAGAAGGUGGAGUGAAGCUUGCAACGUUUGUUACGAAGAAGCCGAAUUCUCGGGCUUCAUCGGUCCCAAGCCUCACACGCGCAGCGGCACAGACGAAGGCGCCUGUGCCAGAGCCGACGGCGCCUGUGCCAGAGCCGGUCGAGCCGGAGCCCGUGGAAGAGGCGCUUUCAGAGGCGGCCUUUGCAGACGAGGAGCCUGAGGAGUCUCAGGAACUCUCGGCGGCCAUGCAAUCUCGGAUGAUGAACUCUCGAUGGUAUCCACACCCUUCGCUCACAAGAGGGUCGAUGAAGCUAUCAACACCAGCAGCUCUUGCGCAAGGCGUAGAUCCCCAGAAGGACAAAGGUUAUCAAUGUCCAUUCUUCGAAGGCAGCAAGCACCGCUUUAAAGAUGUACAAGACCAACCAGAUGCUCAGUUACGAGAGUCGAUGCGCUCCAUGAAGUGGAAGUCAGCUGAUCUUUGGAACAGCCAGGAAAUGCACAAGUCGUUGAAAAUCACCAGCUUCCGCUGA